AAUUACUCCAAACUUCUCUUCCCCUCCCAACCCUUCACACUGCUCUCUCUCUCUCUCUCUCUCUCUCUCCUUCCUUUCUGUGUUCAACUCUUUCCCUUUCUUCCUUUCUGUGUUCAACUCUCUCUCUCUCUCUCUCUCUCUCUCUCACAAAAACCCUAGAAUCUUCACCCCCGCCGGACCACAUUUUCCGGUCAAUUUAUUUCUCAUUCCGCCUCGAAACCCCGUUCUAUAGCUACUUACAUAGACACACAUAGAUAUACACGCAGAGAGAGAGAGAGAGAGAAUUGAAGAAGGUUGGAGAUGUACAAGAACCAGCUCCAAGAGCUGGCCCAGCGGAGCUGCUUCAACCUCCCCUCGUACACGUGCACGCGGGAAGGUCCCGACCACGCGCCGCGGUUCAAGUCGACAGUCAACUUCAACGGCGAGACCUUCGAGAGCCCCCACUACUUCUCCACCCUUCGCCAGGCCGAGCACGCCGCCGCCGAGGUCGCCCUCAACUCCCUCUCCAACCGCGGCCCCUCUCACUCCCUCGCCGCCAGGAUCCUCGAUGAGACAGGUGUUUACAAGAACCUCCUACAGGAGAUUGCACAAAGAGUUGGAGCUCCAUUGCCUCAAUACACAACUUUCAGGUCCGGGCUAGGACACCAACCCAUUUUCACGGGGAUGGUCGAACUGGCUGGAAUUAGAUUCACUGGGGAAACUGCCAAGAAUAAAAAACAAGCCGAGAAGAAUGCAGCCAUGGCAGCUUGGACAUCUCUAAAACAAUUGGCGCAACAAGAUGCAACUUCAUCAUCCGAAACAGAAAACAAUGAUGAGCUAGAACAAAUCAAAAUUGCACGAGCACUAUUGAAUUAUCGUUUGAAGGAAAAGAUGGGAAUGCCAAACUCCUCUGUUUCUCCUAUACCAUUCGAAAAGAAAUUUCAUAUUCACAACCCGAGGCCGUCAAGUCCACUGCCUCCUCCAGUAACCUCCUCUAAAAUCCUCCCAUUUAUCUGCCAAAAGACUGCCCCUAGAACAAGACCGACAUGUAUGACACCAAAUGACUACCCACAAAGCCGCCUAACCCGCCCACAAAGGUUUCCGGCUGCAGGGGCAGCCCCUUAUGUUCCCAUUAGGCAUUGCAGGAAUCCAUACCAGGGGGUUGCUCCGCCUGUCACGGUCAGAUCCAUGGUGCCUGUUUUUUCGGCACCACCACUUCCACCAGCUUCCAUGCGUCCUUCGCAGGUCGUGUCUCCGUCACCUGUGCGAAUUGCCCCUCCAGUCUGUAUUAGGCAGGCGGUGCCAGUUUUUGCUGCUCCACCUGUACGGAAGGAAGAACCACCACCACCAGUCGUGGCUCCGCUGCCAGAUCAGGUGAAUGAAACUGGGAACAAGAGUGGUGACACUCAAGGACCUGAGGCUGUAAAGCUUUUGGAACAGCUCAAGAUAUGAUGGUGGUUGGGAAGGAAUUGCAUCUGCGCAUGAACCCCAUAUAUAUAUGGUUUUGAAUGGAUUUAGUUUUGUUGUACCAUCUCUUUCUUUAGAAAUCUGUUCAUGAUAUGAUUUUUCUUUUAUCCCUUUUUGUUCAUUGACAUAUCCUCCCUAUUUUUUUGAAGCUAGAGUUAUUGCAGCUAAAUGUAGUAGUAGUAGCAGCAGCAGCAGCAGCACUAUCAGAUAUCAAAUAUUUGGAGUUGUAGUAGAGUAGAUAUUAGCCUA